GUGGGAAGCAGUGGAGAGUUGUGCGGCGUCGGAGUAGAGAGAGGAGGCCGCCAUGGACGCAGAAAAGGUAACGCAGCUGAAGGCCUUCGUCAGUUACUGCAAGUCCAACCCUUCCGCCCUCCACGACCCCUCCCUUUCCUUCUUCAAGGAUUAUCUCCAAAGCCUUGGCGCGCGAAUUCCUCCGAGGUCAAAUGAAAAAUGAAGGGGAUGAUUUUGUGGCAAAGGAUGUGAAAGACAAAAAACCAAAUCAAAGGGCUGAAGAUGCUCUUGAUGAGGAUGAAAUUGUUGAGUCACAUAUUAAGCUGGAUGGCGAUGUGGUAGAACCUGAUAAUGAUCCUCCACAGAAGAUGGGAGAUCCCUCUGUUGAAGUUUCUGAGGAGAGUCGUGAUGCUGCUCAGAUGUGCAAAGCCAAAGCAGUAGAUAAAAUAGCACAAGGUAAACUGGAUGAAGCCAUUGAACAUCUAACAGAAGCUAUCUUGUUAAAUCCAAGUUCGUCUAUUCUUUAUGCAACUAGAGCUAGUGUUUUUGUGAAGUUGAAAAAACCAAAUGCUGCUAUUCGAGAUGCAGAUGCAGCCUUGCAGAUAAAUCCUGACUCUGCCAAAGGAUACAAAUCUCGAGGAAUGGCUAAAGCUAUGUUGGGCCAAUGGGAAGAGGCUGCUAGGGACCUGCACUUGGCGUCAAAAUUGGAUUAUGACGAGGAGAUCAACUUAGUGCUCAAAAAGGUUGAGCGUAAUGUGCAUAAAAUUGAGCAAUGUAGAAAAUAUGAGCGCUUGAGGAAAGAGAGGGAAAUGAAGAAAAUUGAACGUGAAAGGCAAAAACAACAUGCAGAAGCAGAGGAGCAUGAGUUGAAAGAUUCCUUGGCUUCUUUACAAGAUGGAAGUGUUAUCAGCAUCCAUUCUUCGAAAGAGCUGGAAACCAAAUUCAGGGCUGCGUCAAGCUUGUCUAGAUUGGUCAUUCUUUAUUUCACUGCAACAUGGUGUGGGCCCUGUCGCUUCAUGGCACCUCUUUACAAAAGCUUAGCAGAAAAGCACCCCAAAGUUGUAUUCCUGAAAGUGGAUAUAGAUGAGCUUGGGGUUGUCGCUCAGAGCUGGAAUGUCAGCAGUGUACCAACCUUUUUCUUCGUGAAAAAUGGCAAAGAAAUUGACAAGGUUGUUGGGGCUGACAAGAGUGGGCUGGAGGGGAAGAUUUUGCUGCAUGCAGGAAGGUCAUAAGUUGCAAUUGGAGUUUGCGUGAAUUUUGGUUUCAAUUGUUGCAUUAUAUGCGCUAAAAGUGAAAAAAAAAAGAAAAAAAAAGAUAUUGGAAGAAGCCAAAAGGAGACCAUGGAUCCAGAUCUUUGGAGAUUUGGACACUUUUUACUAAUGAAGGAUAGGUUGACGUCCUGACUUUUUCAGACAAGUUUAUCUGUAUAUUAAUUUACGUCUUACUGCCAACAACAUAAGUUUAAAUAUGUUUUUUUAGUUGUAUGAAAAAACCUAACAAUUUAAGGGUUCCUGUGUUACAAUGCAAUACUUUUGGAAUGAACUACAUAUGAAGUUCAUGGGU